UCCGUUUUUAUGUGUGCUCUCGUACUUGCUGUAUUCAUGUUCCCGUGUGCGGGGACGGACAGAAGGCAAGCUAGCUAAAAACACGGGGGAGCUAAAAGAGAAGCUAACCAGCGACUGAUAACGUAAUGCACACGUUCUCCACUAGCGACUGAAUCCCGUCUUAGCCAAAUAAAUGCACAUGUGACACGGUAACCGUUUCGGAAAACGAAACUGGAUUCUCACAACCUGUUAGUGAGCCACAAAAUCUCUUUAUUCGACUGCGUCGGCCCCUGGAGCUUCAGUGUUUCGACAAGAGAGCAUACGAGCGCCGUUUGCAGAUGAGAAGAUGGAGAUGCUAUUUUGAAUAUCUGAUGCACGCCAAAGUAGCAUUUUUAAUGCGCCAGAUGCCACACAAACGUGAACGUGCUGGAUUUUCUUCCUGUUAUCCACAAACAUCGCUGUUGCCACCUUUACAACAUCAAUCCUUCAGAAAUCACCUUGAGGUAGUUCUUCAGUGUAUUUGGCAGUCAUGGACUGGGCCACUCCUGCUGUCAAACUGAACCCGUACACUCGAGCCCGCAUGAGUGAAGCUUGGCAGCAGCAUGGUGUUUCUCAACCUCAGGUGGUUCACGCCAUGCCUCCCGGAGCCGAAAGUUCUCUGGGCUGUGCUGUGUAUGGAAUUGUCCUGCAGCAAGAGUCAACAUCUCUUCAACAGCAGCAGCAGACCCAGCAUGGACAGCACAAUCAGCAGCACAGUGGGAAUCAGCAGCACGGGAGUGGGCAGCAUGGGAGUGGGCAGCACAGUCAGCAGCACUCUACUCCAACCGAGCAGACCACCUUGCAGGUAGGAACUGAGGGAGGACACAAGUGUGGGGCCUGUGGACAUGACAUCUCCCACCUAGCCAACCCCCACGAGCACCAAUGCAUAGUAAGUCAGGAUAGGUCCUUCCAGUGCACCCAGUGCAUGAAGAUUUUUCACCAGGCCACUGACUUACUAGAGCAUCAAUGUGUUCAAGUAGAACAGAAGCCUUUUGUAUGUGGCCUCUGCAAGAUGGGCUUCUCCUUGCUAACCUCUCUGGCUCACCACCACUCAUCCCAUAACAGCAACAAUCCGAUGAAGUGUUCAAUAUGUGAGAAGACCUACCGGCCCGGUUCUUCCGGCAGCAUGAGCUCCAACUCUUCGGCAAACAAUGCCCAGCAAGCUAGCAGUCUUAGGGCAUCGGCCACCAGUAGCUCAUCCAUUCUACCCUUCCCGUCAGCCCGCGACCGCCCAUACAAAUGUUCUGUUUGCCAGAAGGGUUUCAAACACUUGUCAGAACUCACCCGUCACGACAGAGUGCACACAGGGGAGAAGCCUUUUAAAUGUGACACGUGUGACAAGGCUUUCAGCCAAUCGUCACACCUUCAGCACCACCAGCGGACACACAGCAACGAACGUCCUUUCAAGUGUGCCGUUUGUGAGAAAAGCUUCAAGCACCGUUCCCAUCUGGUGCGCCAUAUGUACGUGCAUUCUGGUGAGCACUUAUUCAAAUGCAACUUAUGCGAGUUGCACUUCAAAGAGUCAUCGGAGCUCCUUCACCAUCCCUGCCACCCGCAAGGCUCUCGGCCCUUCCGCUGCGCAACCUGCGGAAAGGGUUUCAAACGCCCGUCCGAUCUCCGCCAACACGAGCGAGCGCACUCAGAGGAGCGUCCGUUCCACUGUGAUGAGUGUCAGAUGAGCUUCAAACAGCAGUACGCCCUGGUGCGCCACCGCCGCACACACAAAGACCCGGCCGACCGGCCGUUCAAAUGCAAUCUGUGCGACAUGGGCUUCAUGCAACCCUCGCACCUUCUCUACCACCAGCACGUGCACGGCAUGGACAACCUGUUCAAGUGCGCCUCAUGUCAGAAGGAGUUCAGCCAAUCGGGAGAGCUACUUAGGCACAAGUGUGGCGAGUCGCCUAACACCGUGCCCGACAAGCCGUACAAGUGCGACGUGUGCGGCAAGGGCUACAAGAAGAGUUCCACGUUGCAGCGCCACCAAAACUCUCACUGCCAAGAAAAGCCCCUGAAGUGCUCCCUCUGCGACCGCCGCUUCCUCUCUUCUUCUGAAUUUGUGCAGCAUCGCUGCGACCCCUCCCGGGAAAAGCCGCUCAAGUGUCCCGAUUGUGAGAAGCGCUUCAAAUACUCCUCAGACCUCAACAGACAUGUGCGUGUUCACACGGGGGAGAAGCCGUACAAGUGUGAGCAUUGCAACAAGUUUUUCAAACAGCGCGAACACAUGACCAAACACCAGAACACGCACUCGAGAGAAGGACAGUUCAAGUGUGUUUGGUGUGGUGAGCGUUUCAGUGACUUGGGCUCUUUGCAGGAUCACACAGUACAGCACACAGCUGAUGGAGGGGACUACCCUGUGCCCCAGUGCAUGUAACUGAAUCCCUGAAAACUUUUUGUCCCCUGCAAGCAUGUUUCUACCGAGUAGUAUUGUUCCGGAAGUGUUGGGAAAGUUAAUUUUCUACACGAACUUUGUAGUACACAGAUCAAUUCACAAAUUUUAAAACGAACUUGUUUAGUUCAUACUUCAUAAUUGAAUUGUAUUUUAAACUAAGUUCAAUGUUUCAAAAAUGAAAAGUUCAUAGUUAUUUUCUUACCCUAAAAAAAAAAGAAAAAAGGUUGCUGCAAGAUGUGACGUAUCGACAUUUUCUAAUUGUUUGCAACCAUUCCAUUCACACUAGUAUCCAGGUGCUUCUAUCACCUUACAACCUCAAAUAUAAGAGAAAAUUGCUUGAAUUGUCAAUUGAAACAAAAACACGACUGUGGUCCAGAAUGUGCAAAUGCAAUCAAUCAGCUAUAGGUGCCAGACUGAGGUAGGAAACAAAGGAUGUACAAAUGACGUACUCAAUGUAAAGUAACAUGAUAUUUGCUUGAACUAACUUUAGUGAAUGUUUUAGUUCUUAACUUCUUUGCCCAAAGAACCAGAAAAUAUUUAGAAUUUGGGACAUAACAGUGCAAAGGUGAAGGUGCAAAGCCCAAAUACAUUUCUAAAACAACAAAAACAAUCUCAUUAAGACUAACUCGUGGGUCAGCGCCAUUGAGAGCACUACAACGUGUCCUAAAAUUCCUGAAUGCUCUCGCAGGAUGAUACCUUUUCAAGCACACGUCGCAUUUUGAUGGCAUACGCAGCAGCGUGCGACUGGCCGGGGUUGACAAAUCGUUUCCCCCUGCCUAAUUAAGCUUUGUUUACAGUGUGUUUAGCGGACUGUUAUUUUGAAGUCUGACAAGAGAAAACCUGGCACUGUCGAAUGAAAAUGAACUGCCCUUCAAAACCAUUCAUUGGCCCCAGAAUGAGCACGUUCACAAAAACGUUCACUAAGGAAAAAUGCACUAUAUUCAGUUCAAUCAAAAUACGAACGAGUUCAUGAACUUUUGUUCAUUGAACGCGUUCAGGUACAACACUGUGUUCCGGUUUAGUAAAGUACAGGUUUUUUGUGUGUGUGUCUUCAUUUUUCCAUCACUACCAGGCAGUGUAAUUUGCCGAUUAAUUUAUCAAAAUACAUCUUUGAAUCCUCAUCUGGACUGUUGAACUAAAUUGAACUCUAGUGUUUUGCCACUUCAAUUCAUUACAUUGUACGACAGAAGAAUGCAGACAAUUUGCUUUUUACCAGUCAACAGAAAGCAGUUUCUAGCUCCACCAUUCAUAAGCACACCACUGCAAGCGUCACCACAAAUAUUUUUGUACUAAAAUGGCCAAAAUGUCAAAUUAUGGAUUUGGAAGCUUGCAUUCCAUAAUAUCCUCCCACCUGAACAUCCGCUUCAGACCUCUUGUCACAGGAGUGCAACAAAGAAACCGCCAUUCUUUUUAACUGUCACAAAAAAUAUGGCUUUUGCUCUUCAAGAAUUAUAGUUGUCAUUUGCAGAUUACCAUACUCGCCAACUUUGGGUUGUAAAAACUAGGCUGUUUAUUUUUUCAUUGGUGUGUUGGCCUAAAGCUUUUUGCCUUAUAUUUACUACAUGAAGGACUAUUAUGCAUACGGAGCUGUUUCUCUGAUACUCAAUAAAUUACUCUAGUUACCUUUUGGGACACUGUAUAAAUAGGCAGUUGUAUGUUAUCAAAUGAGGCUCCACUUAUGUAAUUACAAUAACUAUGCUACAAACAUACACGAGCAGUCAUUUCCUUUGACACUUGAUGACAGACAUUUGCUUUUGCUUUCUUUGCCACCACAAAAUGUUCAACCUGAUAGUUCCACUUCCUAAUUUGCAUAAUUCUGGUGUUAAAUGUUUUUUGGGCCCUCACAAUUGAAAGACCCAGGACAGCUGAAAUGCAAAGAUAACUCAGUAUUUUCUAAUAGCUCUUGUAAAUUGACUAGUGUGAAGAUUUUAGUGGUUGAGGAUGUUCCACUUCUAGGGAAAUAGUUCUGUAUGUGUGGUUUCUUUCCUAAAUACACGUGUAAUGCCGAUCCCACACAUGGAAAAUGAUAAUAUUGACAUUCAAUAAGUACGAGUAUUCAGUCUAUUGAAGUUUCCUUCAGAGGUCAGUACUGUACAUAGUGGAUGUAUGUGAUGCGUGAACUUGUCAAAAUGUCUUUCAAGAAAAUGUAUUUAAAGAUGUUUUUUGUAUUCCUGCUCACCAUUUUAAAUGACUUAACAGAUGUUUGUUUGUGGGUUGUUGUUUUUUUUUGCCCUGUGUAGUCCAGUUAGUUAGGGGUAUCACCAGGGAACUGUAGCCCUAUGUGGGGCAGCAAACUGAAAAUACACUACUAUUAACAAGGGCCUCUGUCAGUCAUUGGCCGUGAGUUAUAAUCAGUUAAACACGUUCUCUUACAGCACCCCACCCGGCAUGUAGUGAUUGUUGAAGGUUACCUAAUGACAACCAUCUUGAGUGUGUGAAUGUAGACUAUUUGUUUAAAAAAGGAAAUACAUACUGACAGAAAUUGUCAUUGAGCAAUGCAUCAGCAGAUCUGAAAGCGUAGUCUUGUAGAAAAAUUUUUUUGUCUGUCAUAGAGGGCUCUAUAUUCGUGCCCAGCGCAGUUCUGGCACAUAGAGCACGGUCCUACUGUGCAAAAGGUGUGGGCUACACCAAGUUUCGGUAUUUUUGCAGAGGCGCUCAUGGUUAAAAACGGGUGGUUUGCGCUGUUGUGGGUGCGAACAUAGCAGACUUACUUUUGCAGCCAUUCAAAGCAGUUCCUCUUAUUCCCUUUAAAAUUCACGAGUGUGCAAAGUUUAUAAGGAACUGCAAGCAGACCUCAACAGGCAAAUCAUGUAAAGUCGGUUCGGGAGUUAGUAGAUCACCGCUAUGAAUUGGGCACUUUGAGCCUGCCUUUCACCCCGAUAGUACGUUUUGUGUGUGAACCAUAGCUGUGCCGCGGCCCGAGAGGUUUUUGGGAGAAAUACAAUAAAGAUGAUAAAAAUAAUGCA